AUGAGUAAGCGGGACCAGCCGCAACAGUUGGCAGACAAGUUUCGGGCAAGAUUGUUUUCAGAUUCGUGCAUUAAAUUUAUCUACCUUUCCUGCGCAACUUUGAUUUCGGCCAGCUUCAUUGUAGAGUGCAUCUUGCUUCAUCUGGUCGUGACGCCCUACUUGUCUGAAUCAGUGUUUGAGCCGGGCGUUUGUAGGAUCAAUGGCUCCUUCCACAAGGAUAUAUUGCGCUGUGAAAACAAAUGCUCAAAGGAUCGUUCAAGCUUCCCCUGCCUCCAGAUUCGUGUGUACUACACACCACUUGUGCCCAUUACCAACGUCUCUAAGACGCCUCUGGAAGGCAUAGCCCCUGACGAUGAAGUUGAGUGGUCCCGGCAACCGGACAUCUCGUUUGCUUCAGGCGAGCCGACUUGGCGGCCUGGGGAACGCAGGUUCAGCCAGAAUGCGUUGUCACCGCAGGCGCUAGCCGCCAACCUGCUCGAGCCCGGUCGCAAUCGGCCGUCUGGCUACAAUUUCGCCUCGGAGGAGACUCGCCUGGUCUAUCUCUACGACUACUACAGCACCCUAGUUACGUAUAGUAAGAACCAGGUAACUGCCUCAUCUUCAAUCGCUCUUGCACUCUCCACAGACGAGAUCAUUUGUCUGGCCUUGAAUCGGUUUCAUCAAGACUCCCUGAGGAUGGGCUCGAGAAAAUCGGAUAGUUUGUUGUGA